AUGGACCACCAUGCGCAAUCCAUCUUGGCUCAAUUUAAUGGUUUAUCUCCACACAAUCGUCAGCUCGUAUACCAUGGUAUCCUGGACCAGUUACGUCGGUCUGAAUGGAGAGAGGUAAAACUGCGUGCCGAUCGCAUCAAUCUUCAAUACGACUUGCUAGGCAAGCUACCUCUGGAGAUUGUUGCGAUGGUCGCAGAGCAUUUGAACACUGCCGAUCUGAUUCUGCUGCAAAGAGUGUCUCAGCAAUGGCAGCGAGUUCUUUCAUCGCCCAUAGUACAAGGUGCUGCGAUCCGAGCCAUCGUGGGAAGCGACAUGCCGGUAUCAGAUCCAAAGCAAGUGAUUCGGAAGAGACUCCGCCUGGAACGAGCCAAACGAGUCAAAUCAAUCCAUCUGCCCUUUUCGUCGUCUGAAUUGCCUAAUAACCCAUCUAGGAGCAUCCACGGGGUGGGGUAUUCCCAUGGCAUCUAUGCUCAGUUAGACAUGCACUCCGGUCCAAGCUUCACCUCCAUCAUUUUAUUACAUUUAUGCAACGGCAAAAAUACUCGAUUAACCACGGAAAAUCGGGAAGAGCUCGUCAAGCUCAAAAUAUCCAAAUCGCUAAUCGCGGCGAUUUCGACGCGGGCGUAUUGUCAUGUUUGGGAUCUCAACACGGACGAACACCGAUCCUUUCGAAUGCCGUCGUUGCAUUUCGACCAUUUCGUGGUACAUGGUCGCUACGUGGCCUUUGGGUACCGGGACUCUGUCAUCCACUGGGGAUGGAAUUCGGGUAUUGCUCGCCAUAUUCCAAUCAAGACCCGCAUUGUCCUGUUAACGUUGCAUCCCUUGGAAUAUCGGUUCACAAUCGUCCGUGUCAGCGAGGAAGUCUACGCUGGUGACGCACUUAUAGAGACUGACGAUAAGGGCUGUCAAAUGCAUGCUGAAAAGUAUACAAUUGACGACACCAACGGGUUCCGUUGCUCCCUUUCUCGAGACCAGGAAUUUCCAUUGAUUGACCCCGGUGAAAUACAUGACCUCCUUGACGCACAGGAGAUCUACGAGGGACAGAGCAGUAACCUGCUCGUAAGACUGCGACCCAGUACUAGCAACAAGCACAGACAAUUUUUCUCUUGGGAAGGUGACGAGGUCAUUGCCCACACUUUGCCUCCUCUUCCUUACGGCCCUGUUGUACGUGUGGGCCAGGACUUGACUUACAUCCUGCCGUACAAUCACAAUUUGGUCAUAAUGGAGUCCAAAUACGAAAGGCAUGCACCUCUGUCAAAUGUUAUGAGCGAGUGCCAGUAUCCAAAGCAUCGUGUAGUUGCAGGCCCUUCUUGUGUCAACAUGUUUGUGGAUCAAGACUAUGCUGUCUUUUUCAAUGGGCAGUCAUCAGAGAUAUGGGGCUUUGACGAAACGUGGAACCCAGGGGAAUGGCCAUGA